CCCAUAUCCCCACCCCCACCCAGCCUUCCCCGGCAUGUACACAAUCUACAAUCCAUACAUAAUUGGCGCAGUGUCGACCAUGGGCGGUCUGCUCUUUGGUCUCGAUAUCUCGUCGGUAUCGGCUUUCUUGGCCAUCGACUCAUACCAAGACUACUUCAAUCACCCCAGCGACAUCGUUCAGGGUGGUAUCACCGCCGCCAUGCCUGGCGGUGCGUUCUUCGGCGCGAAUAUCGCGGGCCAUGUUAGCGACCGAUUCGGUCGUAAACCGUCCAUCAUCUUCGCGACCAUUUUCUGGAUCAUCGGCUGUAUCCUGUCCUGUGCCGCGCAAAACGUCGGCAUGCUUAUAGUCGGCCGUUUCGUGAAAGGUAUAUGCGUCGGCUGGUGCUCGAGCCAAGUACCUGUCUACCUCGCUGAACAGGCUCCUAAGGCUAUCCGUGGUCGCCUCGUGUCAUGUCAACAAUUCGCGGUCACCAUCGGUAUCCUCGUCAUGUUCUACCUUUCCUACGGCUGCUCCUUCAUCCCAGGCCCAACCUCCUUCCGCCUCGCAUGGGGUCUGCAAAUGAUCCCCGGGUUCCUGCUCGCGGUCGGCAUGCUCUUUCUUCCAGAGUCCAGCCGCUGGCUCGCCGCCCACGGGCGGUGGGACGAGGCAGAGAAUGUGAUCGCGCGGAUUCACAAUCAGCCCCUGGAUGCGCCUCUCGUGGCGUACGAGAUCACUGAGCUGCGCGAGGCGAUGCGUCUCGAGAAGGAGGCACCCAAGGUCACCUACGGAGACAUGUUCGGGAAGCGCCUGCGGUCGCGCACGAUUGCGGGUAUCUCGUGCCAGCUUUGGAGCCAGCUCGUGGGCAUGAACGUCAUGAUGUACUACAUCGUCUACGUCUUCCAAAUGGCGGGCCUCUCUGGCAACUCCAACCUCAUAUCAUCCUCCAUCCAAUACAUCAUCAACUUCGUCAUGACGAUCCCUGCCAUCCUCUUUGUCGACAAAUGGGGUCGCCGCAUCACGCUCCUGACGGGUUCUGCGCUCAUGGCCGGCUUCUUGUUUGCCGUUGCUGGUCUGCUCGCCGCGCACGGGCACUACGUGGACUCUGUCGAUGGCAAUGAGAACAUCCGCUGGACGAUCACAGGUGCGCCCUCCAAGGGCGUCAUCGCGUGCAGCUUCCUCUUCGUCGCCUCCUUCGCCGUCACCUGGGGGCCGGUCUCGUGGCUGUAUAUCGCCGAGAUAUUCCCGCUGCCCGUGCGAGCCAACGCCGCUGGGCUCGCGACGAGCACAAACUGGAUCAUGAACUUUGCCCUUGCAUUCUUCGUCCCCCCCGCGUUCCGCAACAUCCAAUGGAAGACGUACAUCGUCUUCGCCGUGUUUUGUGUCGCGUCGUGGGUGCAAGUAUUCUUCACGUUCCACGAAACGAAGGGACGCGCGCUCGAGGACAUCAGCGAGCUGUUCGAGUCGGGAGCGUCGCCGUUCUCGAAGCGUCGCACUGCGAAGAUGUACGAUUCACAAGAGAAGGCGGCGCACCACUCGACGGCGGACGUGCACCACGACAAGGACGAGGCCUAAGGCCUCAGCCCGUAUUGCUUCUAUUUCUUUUCCUUCUGCCUGCUCGCUAUUAUUUUGCUAUUUUCGACGAAAAGUUCUCGUUCGCGGUUUCUCCCCUCAUCUCGCACACGCAUUUACCCGUUCCCCAUUCUCAUAUCAUACGACCCACCACUCCCCAACCCCUGCCUCUCGUCAUCUAGCAGGUCAGCUCCCUUCCACACAAUCACGACCACGCCAGAUGCAGCUCUUCGGCUCAUCUGCGCGCUCACCUGCGCACCUCGCUACGCGACAGCGGCGAGGCUAAUUUGAACCCGUAGUAUCUACUCACCUGGCGAUGACGAUUGAAGGAUCUCUGUCGCCCACAGGAUUACAGAAGUACUGAAUAGUAGUGUCUCAAGUUGUAUCUCGCAGUCAAAAUUCAAACUUCUCAUAAUGUAUACCAUCCCUUGGCAAUUUGUCGUCUGUC